UCUGAUUCUGAAGAUGAAUGUCACUCUUAAUGAUGCAUUACCCGUGCGGCUAUUGUCAACAAAACUAAUCCCUUCAAAAGCCUACGAAGUGACAAACAGCAUACCAAUUUCGUCACCGAUUACAAUUUUUCCUCGUCAACAAGCGUCGUUUAUGUACAAACUAACGCAUAAUAAAGAUGUCGACGAUGACGAGAUCAUGAAUAGACCUAGCACACAGAUUCACUGUCUCGUGGAGUAUCGUACGCUGAAAGAUGAAAUCCAACAUUUUGCAAAAGAGAAACUCCACGAUGUUCUGAAAUCAUACAACAUGUCCCAGCAUUCUGACUCUGUUUUUGAAAACAUCAGAGAGCGGUUUCUAGAACUGCUUGAUUACCAUUCUUAUGGUAUUAGGGAUAUACUUGAUCUUGGUGAACUAGAUAUAGUUGGCUGUGAACAACUUUUUCAAAAUCAUGGCGAUGUCAAAGGAGAAUUGGUUAAUGCCGUAAGGGAAUUCUGGGAGAAAUACAACAAAAUUACCUUUGAAGAGGUUCAAGAUAACGGCAAAAAUUUGAAAUCGGUGAUAUCAUUUCCUAUUGAUGUGCCAUUAUCUAAGAUUCUUAAUACGGUCGAACUUGUUAUACCGAAUUCCAAACAUCUGGUUGUUGGUGAACCAUGUCACUGCGUGCUGGUAGUGCGACAGUCACCAUAUUGGAAUCAUAAACAACAGACGGAAGCAAUCGAAUUUUAUUAUGAUGUAAAUGUUGACUUUGACAAUUGGCUACUUUCGGGGCAGAAGAAAUUCUGUUUCUCAUACAAGAUGGAUGAGACUAGAGAAUUCCCAAUAACACUUAUCCCGCUUAAAACUGGCCGGCUACUGGUUCCCUUUAUUCGCGUUGCUAGCAUCUCAUCAAGCAUCUUUUCAGAAUCAGUCUAUAUCAAUAACGCACAACAAGUCUUAGUAAGGCCAAGGACACAGUCGGCAACAUUCUUUAUUGAGCAACAACAUCGCAUCCAUCCAAUGGGCCCCGCUACUGGGCUUAUGUCGGGUCACCAUGGUGGUAUGAUGGACGAGAUCGCAAUGUGA